UAUAGGCCUCGGUCACAAGGGGGACCAUCUCAGGGCACGUCUCGGGAUUGGGCCGAACACACUCGGAAGAUGGAAGAGAUCCAAGCGGAGCUACAGGCUGAGCGAGCGAGGAAUGACCUGUUGGAGCAGCGCCUGCGACAGGUUGAGGUCUUCAUGUCCUCCAUGGGAGCAUCAGCACCAUGUCUUGGUACGCCUUCACCUGCACACGUAGGUAGUACGUCGUCUGUUAGUAGUGCAUCUGCAGGUAAUUCGACAACGGUUGGUACGUUGUCGCCUGUUGGACGACGGCUGAGCCAGCAUUCCAUUGUCGCUACACCUUCGCCCGCUACACCAUUCCUUGCGCAGCAAUCGCCGGUUGGCGAGAACACGCCUGGGACGGUACCUCCUCAUUCGCAGGGACGCCCUUCAGAUUUGUAGAUAUUUUGUGUAAUUAAUUUUUAUGUGUAAAUAUUUGCUUAGUUAACGAAUACGUUAUUAACUUAUGAUUUGUGUAAUAUUAUUUUGUGCUGUUUUUCGGUAAAAUCAA